CGUCAAUGGCCUCGCUCCUGCGUCCGCUCGCACGCACGCUGGCGCCGCGCGCCGUCGCCGGCUCCAGCGCAGGCCGCCGCGUCGCUGCGCUGCCGGUGCCGGCGCGCCGCUCGCUGCAGACUUCGGCGCCGCUUGACCCGCCGGGCCUCGGUGCUGAGGCGCUGGCGCCGCCCGCCGCGCAGGCAGAACAUGUGCUGAUGCAGUCGCUACCGAAAGCUAGCGCUCCUGUUGCCGCACCAGGGAGCCUCGUGCACCUGAAGCUGUCCGCACUGCACCCCAUGACGAAAGGAUGGCGCAAGCACUUCGUGCCGCUCUCCUCGCACGUCUUUGGCAUCGAGCCGCGGCGCGACGUGCUGCACAGCGCCGUCGUGUACUACCUCGACGCACAGCGCUCUGGCACGGCCAACACCAAGACGCGCGGCGAGGUCAACUUCGGCGGCGCCAAGAUCCGCCCGCAGAAGGGCUCCGGUCAGGCGCGUCUGGGUCGCCGCAACAACCCGCUGCUGCGUGGAGGUGGUGUCAUCCACGGCCCGCGGCCGCGCGACAUGUCGACGAAGCUGCCGCGCCGCGUGCGCGAGCUGGCCCUGCGCUCGGCACUCAGCGCCCGGUGGCGCGCCGGCGACCUCGUCAUCGUGCCCAACUUCACGUGGGAUGCGCCGCCGCGCGUGACGGGCGAGCUGCGCCGCAUGCUCGGCUCCAAGGGCUGGGAUGAUGCGCUGUUCCUCACGGCGCCGCGCAACCCGCAGAGCACCGGCCGCGUUGCACGCCCGUCGGCGUCCGAGCCGCAGUACACGCCGGCGCAGGUGCGCGGCCACGCCAAGGAGCUGGCCAACUUCGUCGCGGCGGUGAACAACAUCCCGCGCACGGAGCUCAUCGAGCUGCACGAGCUGGGCGCCGAGCAGGCGGCGGCCAAGCCCAAGGAGGUCAAGAAGCCCGGCGAGCUGCACGCGUACGAGGUGCUGCGGCGGCGAAAGCUCGUCUGCGACCUGGGUGCCAUUGAGUGGCUCGAGGAGGCCCUCGGCGGCGCCGUCUGGCACCCGCAGGCCGAGGCAGACGAGCUGGCGGAGCUCAACAUGGAUGUGGAGAGCAUGCUGCGGGAACUGCAGGCGAUGCAGGCCGCGCAGAGCGGGGAGGCAGAGCAGGUGGAGCAGGAGGAGAUUCUCGAUGCGGCAGACGUGCUGGUGGAGGAGGCCGGCGUGCCGCGGGCGACACGGGCAUGAGGCAAUACUAGAGCAUCGCAUCACUCCGUC